UCUCUCUCUCUCUCUUCAAUGAUUAAUCUUUAGGGCAGUAUAAGUACUCGUCUUCUUUAUCCUGACAUCACAUUAAACCACGAGAAGGAAAAGAGAGAAAAUAAAAAAGAAACGAAAUCCAUGGCAAUCUCGAUCUUCGCUUUCGUGACCAGCUGGUUAACACCGGGUUCACUCUUCCUCUUCCUGAAUAUUAUGAUUUUCACCAUUGUUCUUGCUUCCCGUUAUGGUACUCACAAUAAACCAGUACACGAAUACCAGCACCUCGCUCGAGCUCCUUCUCUUUUACAACGGGUCAAGUCCAUCGACUACUUCUCCUUCUACAAUUUCCCACCUGCCCAGGAACCCCAAAACACUACCCAGGAACAUGAUCCUCCCCAGCUCGAAAGAGCCCCUUCUCUUUUACAACGGGUCAAGUCCAUCGACUACUUAUCCUUCUACAAAUUCCCACCUGCCCAAGAACCCGAAAACACUACCCAGGAACAUGAUCCUCCCCAGCUCGAAAGAGCUCCUUCACUUUUAGAACGGGUCAAGUCCAUCAACUUCUCUUCUUUAUACUACAGUUCGGGACCGGAAGAAACAACCCAACGUCUCCCAGCUCAAACCAGGUCGGAUGCCGAUCCGGUUAGUCAUGAUCAUGAUCAUCAUGUGAAGAGGAUCCAGUCGGAGCACAUGGUGAGAGCUACGAAGAGGCAGGUGAAAAUGAAGAAGUCGGCAAGCGAAAAGGCGGUGAGCUUGGAUUUAGCGGAGGAGGUGGAGAGGGAGAAGGUUGAAAGAAGAAGGCCUGCAACGACAAGGGCUUCAGAGAAAACAGUGAUGAUUGGAGAUGAAGAGGUUGAUGCUAAAGCUGAUGAAGAGGUUGAUGCUAAAGCUGAUGAUUUUAUCAACAGGUUCAAGCAACAGUUGAAGUUGCAGAGGCUGGAAUCUCUCCUGCGUUAUAAGGAGAUGCUCAAAGGAAAGCUAAGUAUAUAAUUUACUUUAAGAAGGUUAGGCUUUUCUGUCUCUUUCUUUCUGAAAUCUCAGGUUUUAGCAAGUUAGAGAGAGGAGAGAGCCGUUGCAGGGGAUGAGCAUAGAGUAAGGGACGAGAAAGCAAGAGGUUAUCUUUUUAGCUAGUCAUUCUGUACUGCCAGAGGGAAGAAAUCUACAAGCCGUUGCCAGGGGAUGAGCAUAGAGUAAUGUUUGGGAGUGGUGUAGUUGUUGUAGUUUAAUUGUUGCGUCGGUUAGAGAGGUUUGCACUAUCUUUAUUUAAGAAACACCAAGAGCGGUGGAGAGUACUAGAGACGAAAGAGCUGCCUUGUCAUGCUCACCUGCUUACAAGAAGAUUUAGCAAGUUGGUGGAGUUGUUUUGAAUUAAUUGUUAAUUAUGUUGGAUUAGAAGAAGAUGCUUGGAAUUGAAUGAGGCUGUUCUGAGAAGAAA